CUCCCUCUCCCCUCCCCUUCCAUUGAGGCACAGAGAGCCUUCUCGUUUCCUGUGCCUCUCCUUCUCCCUCCCUCUCUCUCUCUCUCUCUCCCUCUCUCUCUCUCUCUCUCUCUCUCUUUUUCCUCCUCCUUCCUUCGGAGCGGGAUUACAUGAAACACAAGUUCUCCCCGUGAGCAAAUUAAAAAUACCCACUCAUGUUUUAUUGAGUAUCAAGCCUCUAGUCAGUCAAGUGCCUUCUCCGGUCAGAGCGGAGUGAGUGAGGUUCUCCUGAGCGGACCAUGCUGAGGAAGAGGAGCUCCCAGGAACAGCUGAUGGACCGCGAGGUGCUGCUGGAUCUGGACUACACCAGAGAGCCCCAGAGUACCGCGGACAGCUACGGGAGCCUGCAGAAUGGAGGCUUCAUCCCACCCAGAUUUCUUACGGCCGCCAACGAUGAUGACGAUGAUGACCCCAUCUAUACCCACAGCUAUAACCCACAGAGUGAGCCCGCCACACCGCCAAAAGGAAAUUACUUCAGAGAUGGAAAGACCAAAAUAGACUUUGUGCUGGUGUGGGAGGUGAAGUCGCGGCGGAAGCGGCGCUCCCGGGGGAAGUCUCAGGGCGAGGCGGGGGCGCCCGGCGAGGAGGCCGCUCAGCAGGAGAGCCGCUCGGAGAAGAAGAAGGCCAUGCAGGCACGGGUCAGGGAGAGGUUCAUCCACCACCUCCAGACCUCCGGCCUGCUCCUGGAGAAGGAGGAAUCAACCAGUGCAAAGAAGACCGUACACUACCUGAAGCUCAGCGCGCCCUGGGAUGUGAUGGUGUUCUACGCCGAGGAGCUGUGUCUCAGAGCGCCGCUCCAGGCUCAACCAAAUCCAGAAUUCAACACAUCUGCCCGGGUGCUUCAGAAGCUCUGUGUGCCCAACAUCAUGGCGGACUCUGUGCCAAACAGGCCAGUGGACUACUACACGUGUGCCUUUCGCAAAUCUAAAAUGGACAAGUUUCUUGGCUCCGACAACCAAGACACCUAUUUCACCAACACACAGCGACAUCGUAUAGUGUACGAGAUUCUUGCGCGGGCCCCGUACGGCAAGCGCAAGCGGGCGGAGGUGGGGGUGGCCAGGCUGCUAAACGAGGGGGCCUUCACAGCGGCGUUCCCCCUGCACGAGGGCCCGUUUGAGUUGCCCAAGGACGGGAUCCCACCCGACCAGCUCAACCCGAGGCAGGUUCUCUACCAGUACUGGGCCCGCUGGUCAAAGUGGUGCAAGUACCAGCCACUGGACCACAUCCGGGAGUACUUCGGGGAGAAGAUUGCUCUCUAUUUUGCAUGGCUUGGUUUCUACACCGCAUGGCUUCUCCCUGCGGCCCUGGUCGGUACGUUUGUCUUCGUGUCGGGGAUCAUGACCAUGGCCUCCAACACACCUGCUAAAGAGAUCUGUGAGAGCGGCGGGCGUUAUCUGAUGUGCCCACUCUGUGAGACCUGCAAGCCCUGGAACAUGUCAGACAUCUGUCCCAUGGCCAAGGUGGGCUAUCUCUUUGACCACCCUGGCACGGUCUUCUUCAGCAUCUUCAUGUCCCUGUGGGCCGUCACCUUCCUGGAAUACUGGAAACGCAAGAACGCCACUCUGGCCCAUCACUGGGACUGCAUGGACUACCAUGAAGAGGAGGAGCGUCCUAGACCUGAGUUUGCCGCCAUGGCCCCGAGUAUGGAGCAGAACCCGGUGACCGGGGUGAAAGAACCCUACUUCCCUGCGAAGGCUCGAUUUGCGCGCAUGCUAACCGGCUCCAUGGUCAUCAUCAUAAUGCUGUGUGUAGUGAUGAUCUUCCUGGUGACUGUCAUUAUGUACAGGAGCAUAGUGAGCGUGAUGAUGUAUGAGAAGGGCGGCUCAGUGUUGCGGACUCAGGCCGCGAACAUCGCCAACAUCUCCAGCAGCAUGGUGAACUUGGCCCUCAUUCUGCUGAUGGGGCAGGUGUACACUGCACUAGCUGAGCAGCUCACGAAAUGGGAAAUGCAUCGAACACAAACCCAGUAUGAGGAUGCGUUCACCUUCAAAGUGUUCAUCUUCCAGUUUGUGAACUUCUAUUCAUCUCCUUUCUAUGUGGCAUUCUUCAAGGGAAGAUUCGUCGGCUACCCUGGCCACUAUGGCACUUUGUUUGGGAUGAGGAAUGAAGAUUGUGGCCCGGGAGGCUGCCUUAUUGAACUGGCAGAACAGCUGUUUAUCAUCAUGGUGGGGAAACAGCUCAUCAACAACAUGCAGGAAUUUGUGAUCCCGAAAGUGAAAGCGUGGCGGCAGAAGAGGGCCUUGGCGUCUGUGAGGAAAGCUCAAGUAUCCCAUGAGCCCCAGCGGUGGGAGCAGGAUUAUGAGCUGAUUGAGUGCGAGGGGCUGUUUGAGGAGUACCUGGAGAUUGUCUUGCAGUUUGGCUUCAUCACCAUCUUUGUGGCCGCCUUCCCUCUGGCUCCACUCUUCGCCCUGCUCAACAACUGGGCCGAGGUGCGGCUGGAUGCCCACAAGUUCGUGUGUGAGUACCGCCGGCCCGUGUCCGAGCGCGCCCAGGAGAUCGGCGUGUGGUUCACCAUCCUGGAGGCCCUGUCUCACCUGUCCGUCAUUGUCAACGCUUUCCUGAUUGCUUUCACCUCUGACUUCUUGCCCCGACUGCUGUACCAGUAUAAGUUUGACAAUGAGUUGCAAGGCUAUGUGAACUUUACCUUGGCCUACUCUCCGCCCAGCUACAACCACUCUUCCCUCGCCGUGUGCAGAUACAAAGCCUUUCGUGAUGAGACUGGAAAGUACACUCUGGUGUACUGGGAGCUCCUAGCUGUCAGACUAGGCUUCAUCAUUGCAUUUGAGCACGCUGUAUUCUUUGUGCUGCGGGCCAUUGACUGGAUGGUGCCGGAUGUGCCCGAGUCCCUGGAGGUGAAGAUCAAACGCGAGCGCUACCUGGCCAAACAGGCGCUGGCUGACAACCAGGAGGCCCUGCUGGUGAGUCGCCUCUUGGCCUCCAGCCCAGCAAGCAACGCUCCUGGCAAAAUGAAGCGAUCCUGUAGGAAGGGCAUGCGGCCAGGUGAGAGCGGCAUGGCAAAGGGAGGACCUGACGUCCUUAGCACUGAUUCGGCUGGGACACCUUAGCAUUUCUGCAGUCUGACAGUGAAACGUUUUUGCACACGGUCCGAUAUUCGUCAAUCACACAGGACUUUUAUGUGUGGUUGUGUUUGUGUGUAUGUGUGUAGGAGGAAUGUCGAUGUGUGAUUGUGUCUGUGUGCUGGCUGAUUGGGAAUAUUGUAGUUUCAUGUUGUACAGUGCACACUCGUUAUGCCAAAUUCGUUUGAUUUCCUCCAAUGUCACCGUUUACCUCUGGCUCAAAUCAAGUUACAACUAUCCUUACUCUCUCUGCUCAAGCAAGUCCAAUGCGGUUCUAUCAUGUCAAAGAAUUACAAAACAGCAAGAGGAUACAUGUUCUGCUUUGCAACAGUACUGCUUCAGUAUACAUAUGUUGUACACAAAUAUAGAUUUGUACGAAUGAUUAAAUAAGCAAAUGAUUCUUGUCUGAUAUUGUAUCAGUUAAAAUGGCUACUGUAAAGCAUUGCUGUAAAAAGACAUGCUACUGUAAAUUAUAAUUGUAAACACGACUGAGCUCGUAAUGCAGAUGGUAUGUUUAUGUGUAGGCUGUUUUACUGUUUGAUUACAUUUUUGGAAAUAAAAAAUCAGUUUGAAUGUUCAACAGAGAAUAA